GCGAGGAAGAUCUUGACCGACCGACCUCUUACCGGACCCGAUAAAACGUUUUUAUCGACUUUAUUUGUUUAUUAUAUUUCUUGGUAUUUAUAUCCGAACUGGUGCAAAAAUGAGUGCGAUACUUGGGUCAUCGUUCAACUUUGGGGACAUUUUGAAAACACCAAAAAUCUCAGUCAGGCGAGAAGAACUGAAACCAGAUGACCUGUUCAUCAAACUCAGGACAUUGCAGCAAGCCAAAAACGACCUUGAAUAUGAGGUGAAGGAAACCAUGCUCCUCAGAAGUGCUAUGAAGGAGGAGGAUGAUGCCUUAACUACUGAAGCUCUACAAUUGGAAGGAACAUUAAAUGAAAAGGAAGAGUUAAGUAGAUCUCUGCAGCUGAAAUGUGAAGACCUCCAGCAAGAGACCCAAAGGCAGCUUGAGCAGAACCAUCAGAAAGACGAACUGGUGAAGCAGUACUACUUUCAGAUCCAGGAAACCAAACUUAAACACAGAAAACUUCGGAUGAAGUUAGAGAAUCGGCUCCAGCAGUUGAUGGAGCAGCACAAAAACCUGUCCACUGUCUUUACUCCUCAGAGACUUCCAGCAGAGAUACAGUCUGCAGAGUACACAACUGAGCAGUUGCUGAAGGCUGAGCAGCAGAAGCUGGAGCAGCUAGCCGAGCUGGACAGGAUAAGCCUACCUCAGACUUCAAUGUUGCAAAUGGAUACUCGUGACCAAGCAUAGAUUAUAUAUUUUGCAUUCUUA